CCGCAGCUGCGGGAGCGGGAUGGGGGGAAGAGAAGGGAAUUCCAACCUGUAGAACCCUGGGGGCCUAUGGUCGGGCUCUAACCGGCCACUGCAUGGUCAAAGGGGCGGGCCCUUGGAGGCUCGCGGGGGUGUUGGGGUUCGCAGGGCGAGGAAAGGGGUGUCAAGUGUGAGAGAGGUGCGGGACUUCCAAACUUAGAACCUUGAGGCCCUCGGGGCUCAGGUCCGGGGACGGGGCGCUCGGGCCGCCAUGCGCGACAGGACCCACGAGCUGAGGCAGGGGGAUCACAGCUCGGACGAUGAAGAUGAGGUUCGAGUCGCGCUGGUGGUGCACCCGGGUACCGCCCGUCUGGGCAGCCCAGAUGACGAGUUCUUCCAGAAGGUCCAGACAAUUCGGCAAACUAUGGCCAAACUGGAGAGUAAAGUCCGGGAGUUGGAGAAACAGCAGGUCACCAUUCUGGCCACGCCCCUUCCCGAGGAGAGCAUGAAGCAGGGCCUGCAGAACCUGCGCGAGGAGAUCAAACAGCUGGGGAGAGAGGUCCGGGCACAGCUGAAAGCCAUAGAGCCUCAGAAGGAAGAAGCUGAUGAGAAUUAUAACUCAGUCAACACAAGAAUGAAAAAAACCCAGCAUGGGGUCCUGUCCCAGCAAUUUGUCGAGCUCAUCAACAAGUGCAACUCGAUGCAGUCGGAGUACCGAGAGAAGAAUGUGGAGCGCAUUCGGAGGCAGCUGAAGAUCACCAAUGCCGGAAUGGUGUCUGAUGAGGAGCUGGAGCAGAUGCUAGACAGUGGACAGAGCGAAGUGUUUGUGUCCAAUAUCCUGAAGGACACACAGGUGACACGUCAAGCUCUGAAUGAGAUCUCAGCACGACACAGUGAGAUCCAGCAGCUAGAGCGCAGUAUCCGUGAACUCCACGAGAUCUUCACUUUUCUAGCUACUGAGGUGGAGAUGCAGGGGGAGAUGAUCAACCGUAUUGAAAAGAACAUCCUGAGUUCAGCAGACUAUGUGGAGCGUGGACAAGAGCAUGUCAAGAUAGCCCUAGAGAACCAGAAGAAGGCACGGAAGGCACUGGGAGAACCAGAGACCCAGCAUUUGUGGAGGCAGGGCAGGCCUCCAGCUGAACCCGCCCUCACACUGGCCCUUGUGCAGAGGGGCAUAUGGCUCUUCUGGGGUUGGCAGCUGCUCAGUCAUGGAGUCUCCCCUUCAUGCCACAAUGCCUGGGAGAGAGUUUGCAAUGUCCUGUUUGUCUGGGACACAUGGUUUUGUAGAAAAUUUAAAAAAAAAAAAAAAGGAAAGAAAAAAGAAAGCUUGGUGCCACCUGUGCCUGUGUGUUCCUGGAAAGGCUAGCCCCCAGAACUCCAAGUAUUUAUUCUGUUUUCUUCCUGGCCCUUGCUGGUGCCUGGCCCAGUAUAGAUAGGCUCAGACCAGACUUCUCUAGAAGUGCAACCACAGCAGGCUAGCUCUGCCACAGGGAGGGUGAGGUAGCCAGGGAGAGCUAGCACUCACAGUUUGGACAACAUAUCCCUGAAAGGAUAAGCUGCCUAGCCCAGCACUGGGACAUGGGUGAAGUGUAUGUGUGAGAGGUACCAGUGGUGUCCCUGAGGCCAAGAUGAAGAGAGAAACACAUGACCAGACAGGAAGAGUAGUUCUCAGUGGGGACAUUUAUGUGGAAUGUUAAACAUAAUAGGGAAGUUGCCAGGCAGAGGAACCAGCAGUGCCCAUCCUGUGAUCAGAGAUGGGCACUGCCUUUUUUUUUUUAACAUUUUAAAAUUUAUUUAUUGUGUAUAUAGCGUAUGUCUGUAUGCCCACACACCAGAAGAGGACAACAGAUCUCCUUACAGAUGGUUGUGAGCUACCAUGUGAUUGCUGGGAAUUGAACUCUGGUCCUCUGGAAGGACAGCCAAUGCUCUUAAUAUCUCUCCAGCCCCCAGGCACUGCCUUUUAUAACAGGAGUGCUUAGAGACUCAUCACCCCACAGUGACUGCUUGUUUUGUUUUGUCUUAAAGAUGAUUUAUUUAUUAUGUAUACAGUGUUCUGCCUACAUGUAGGCCUGCAGGCCAGAGAGGACACCAGAUUUCAUUACAGAUGGUUGUGAGCCAUCAUGUGGUUACUGGGAAUUGAACUCUGGACCUCUGGAAGAGCAGGGAGUGCUCUUACCCUCUGAGCCAUCUCUCCAGUCCCAGUGGCUCCCUGGUUUAUGGGGAUUAUCCAGUGGAAAUAGGCAGAGGAUCCUGGAGCCUAGUUUUUUAUAAGACACAUGAGCUACAGGUCCUGAUUCUGUUUCAAGGCCAGCCUGGUCUACAUAGCACACCCCAGGCCAUUCAGGGAUGCUUAGAAAGACUCUCCCUCUCAGUGGAAAAAAAAUGAGUAUGCAGCCUGGUAUGGUGGGCCACCCUUAAUCCCAGCGUUCAGGAGGCAGAGGUGGGUGGAUCUCUAUGAGUUUGAGCCUGGCCUGGUCUGCAUAGCAAGCUCCAGGACUACAUAGAGAAACCCUGUCCAAAAAAAGUGUGUGUGUGUGUGUGUGUGUGCGCGUGUGUGCGUGCGCGCGCGCAUGUAUAUGCAUGCUCACAUGGACGUGCACGCAGAGGUCAGAGGUUAAACUUUGAGGGAUAGGUGCUCUUCUUCCAUUCUGGGUUCCAGACUCAAACUCAGGUUGCCAGGUUUGUGUGGCAAGUUCUCUUACCUGCUGAACCAUCUCGCUGGCCCCUGAUUCUGAAUUUUCCAGAACUUCUCCUCCAGGUGCAUGGCUUCCAGAGGAGGAUGUAGCUUUUUGUGAGGCACAUGGUUCAGGAGUAAGCUGCUCUUAACUCAGGCUUGCUUACAUUCAGUGGUCCUUCGUCUCCAAGGCUUUCCAGCCACCCUGACUCAUCCUGCUCAGGCAUCACUCACUCCCUGUAAUUAUGCUGAGUCCUGCAAGGGCUAGAGUCAGGCUGGUACACUUCCUGGCUGUUUUGGGAGGGACAGAAUGGGGAAUUGGCCAAGUGGUCCCUGCCCUCCUUCAUCUGGCUGACGGCCAGCCAACAGCUGGAGUAUUGACCUUAGACUUCAUGCGUCUUGCUAUCUGUAUAUGGAAUGUGUUUUGAUCUCAACUAGGAAACAAUGUUAGAGAGCCUAGGUUUUCCCUAAGGAGCAUCAGGAUUGCUCAGUGUCCAGGGAGCGGCCCCUCCCCUCAGCAUAAAGUGGCUCAUUUUAGGAAGCUUAUAUGUAUUGGGCAUCACAUGGAGUCCCCAGACAUACCUAAAAGUAGAAUCACUGAGUGUAAGAGACAAGGUAAAACUUGUGCAAAGGUGAAAGGCUUUGGGCUUGCGGAGGAAUGACGGGGGAGUAAGCUGGGACUUUACAGGAAAGAGCACUCAUUCCGUGGAACAGAUGUUAACUAGAUGACUAUUGGAUGGGGGAAGCUGGGGACCAGGGCAGUUUUGCUCGAGUACCACAUGUAUUUGGCUCUGGGGACUCUAGGCUUCCCUGUUUUACAUAUCUUUCUCCCAGAGGCUUCCAGCUCCAGCUUACUCCUGGCCUGUUGGCUUCCUAUGUCCAAUUCCUUAUGCUGCCUUCAAAGUAAAAUAAGAUCAAGGCACCAGCUGAGAUCUGAUACAGACCCUGGACACCUACAUCUAUGCAACUGAAUGUCUGUCUUUACAUUUUUAUUACUUUUGUAUUUAUUUGUGUACACACGUAUAGAAGUCAGAGAAUGACUCAAAAGAUUAUAGUUCUUGUCUUCCAUGGUGUGCGGUCCCAUUAAACUUAAGUCUUCAGGCUUGGAGGCAAGUACCUUUAUCCACAGAGCCGUUAUUUACAGUCAGGUGUGGUGGUGUAUGCCUGUAAUCCCAGAACUCAGAAGGGGAAAACAGGAGGGUCCUUAUGAGUCUUAGGCUAGUGUGGGUUGCAUAACAAGUGCCAGAGGACUAGCCAGGGCUCUGCCUCCAGACUGCCCAUGGACAGAACAGGAAGGAGGAAGGUAGUGAGGUGUGGUGGUCAGACCUGGAGGCUGGCGGGACAGUUGAAGGUCAUCCUCGGUCUGAGGCUACGCUGGGGAACUCGAGAGGUGGGAUACAGCAGAGAGGGCUGCAAACAACACAGUUAGGGCCUAGGCAGAUCAUUCACCAUAGUGUAACCCUGAAGACUGGAGAUCAAACCCUCAGGACUUGCAUGACGCCUGUGUGGUGGUCUGCAUAGGCCAUCCCAGUGGCCUCUGGUGAGUUGGAGUUGGAGACAGGAGAGCCUGAGAGUCAGCUCGCCUGGCAAACGAGACCUUGUCUCAAACAAGGUAGAAGGUGGUUGUCCCCGACCUCUAUAUUCACUCACAAUAUGAAAAUGCACACACGGACACAUACCAUAACAUACAAACUAUUAAAACUCAUCUUUAUGACAAAGCCAUAUCAAGUGUACAGUUCACGCCUUUGUUUUUCAAGACUGGGUUUCUCUGUGUAGCCCUGGCUGUCCUGGAACUCACUCUGUAGACCAGGCUGGCUUCAAACUAAGGGAUCCCAGCCUCUGCCUCCUGAGUACUGGGGUUAAAGGCGUGUGCCACCACCAUCCGGAACACUUUGCCCUUACCCUAAAUUGCAGUACAAGUUGUAUAGGUGAUUUUUCCUUUAAUAUUUUUAGAAUAUAAAUCUCAUCACCACAACCAGGUAUAAAUGUUGCUGAGAAUUGCCCAGUAAGUCUAAUACUGCUGGCAGUGGUAGUACACACCUUUAAUCCCAGCACUAGGCAGGCAGAGACAGGCAGAUCUCUUAUUGACAGAGAAAGUUCCAGGACAGCCAGGGCUAACAGAGAAAUCCUGUCUCAAAAAAAAAAAUCCUAUUACUCUGUUGUUUGUUUGUUUUGGCUUUUGAGACAUAGUAUCACUUUGUAGUCCAGGGUUGCUUUGAACUCUUGGUAGUCCUUAUACAUGGCCUCCUAAAAGGGCUGGGAUUAUAGUUGUAAUUGAGACUGGAUCUAUACUAGGUUGGCCUUGAACUCCCAAUACUACCUCAGCGUCCCAAGUGCUGGGAUUUCCAGAAGGUACUACCAUGCCCAGUUUAGGCUCUUACUUCUUAUUCUAUUACUCUGAACUGAGGGGAGAAUUAAUAUUGGCAAACCAGUGGCCACUGCAAAUUACAGUCAACACAAACAUUAACCUCUCUAGGUUGUACUCACUUCUGCGUGUGUGUGCAUGUUUCCUGAGACUGGGAACAUAGUGUACAUAGUGCUCAGACUAGUUUAGUUUUACUUUAUUUCAUGUGCCUGAGUGCUUUGAGUAAAUGGAUACACACCACUGCCCAUGGAGAUCAGAAGAAGGCAUGGCUCCCUGAAGUGAGUCAUCAUGUGGGUGCUAGGGACCAAAUCCGGGUCUUCUGCAAGUGCUCUUCACCCAGAGCCAUCUUUCUAGCACCAGCCCAGGCUAGCCUUGAACUCACUGUGUAGCCCAGCUUGACCUCAGACUUAUGCUGGUCCUUUUGGCUUAGCCUCCUUGGUGCUGGGAUUGCAAGCAUGUAUUUGCUAUUACUCAUUAUCAAAUUAUGACAUUUAGAGGCUUAUAGUCCACAUUUAUUAUUUCACAAUUUUGGAGGCGAGAAGUCCAAAGCCAGUGUCACUCAGCAAAGGCCAACUGCAGGACUGCUUCCUGCUGGUGGCUCAGGACAGGCUCUGUUCCCUUUUCAGGUCUAUUCAUUGCUUGUACCCCUUAGCUGGUGGACCCGUCUUCCACCGGAAAGCACAUCAGUCUGUCAUCACCACUUAAAAAAAAAAGAUUUAUUAUGUAUACAGUGUUCUGUCUGCAUGUAACCCUCCAGGCCAGAAGAGGGCACCAGAUCUCAUUACAAAUGGUUGUGAGCCACCAUGUGGUUGCUGGGAAUUGAACUCAAGAUCUCUGGAAGAGCAGUCAGUGCUCUUAAAUAACCUCUGAGCCAUCUCUCCAGCCCUGUCAUCACCACUUUCUAGCAGCAACUUUUUAACUUUAUUUUUAUUUUAUGUUCAUUGGUGCUCUGCUUGCAUGUCUGUGUGAGGAUGCCAGAUCCCCUGGAACUGGAUUUACUGACAGUUGUGAACUGCUGGGAAUUGAACCCAGGUCCUCUGGAAGAGCAGUCGGUGCUCUUAACUGCUGAGCCAUCUCUCCAGCCCCUCUAGCAGUAACUUCUGUGUCUCUCUAAUACAUGCUUUUGUGGGGCCAGGUAGUGGUACAGGCUUUUAAUCCCAGCACUCAGGAGGCAGAGGCAGUGAAUCUCUGAGGCCAGCCUGGUCUGCAGGUAGUUUCAGGACCCCCAGUGCUACACCGGGAAACCCUGUCUCAGAAAACAAACAAACAAAGCUAAAUGUCUUUGUGAUUGCAUAGGGCCCACCCGACAAUCAUGCAGCAUCUCCCGCUCAUCCAGUUGCACAGGUCCACAGAUGGUAAUUGUGCUACUGGGCAGACUCACCACUUCCAAGGCUUUUGCCAUAUAAAUUAAGGUUAGCAGACUCCAGUGAUUAGGGUAUGAACACGAAAGUGUGUGUGCGCGCACACACCAUACUUCCUAUUCCACGUCUUUCCACAUCUAACUUAAUUUAGUAACUUAGUCACAAAGUACUUAUUGAGCAAGACUCAUGUUCCAGACAUUACUGUAGAGCCUGGGGAAGAGAAAUGGAAAUAAAGGUGAGGUCUCUGCUUUCAUACACAGCAUCUGUUAGUGGAGAAGUCAGGCGAAUAAAUUGUUAAGAUAUUCCAAAACUGUAAUAGGUGUUAUGAAAAAGGAUGGCAGAGAGCUCUUACCUUUUACAGGGGAGCGAGGCUAAGGCAAAAAGGUGGGGAGUCUGAUUCUAGCCUGGGCUGCAUAUCAAGACUGUCUCACACAGAAAAGGGCAAAAAGGUGGGGAGUCUGAUUCUAGCCUGGGCUGUAUAUCAAGACUGUCUCACACAGAAAAGGGCAAAAAGGUGGGGAGUCUGAUUCUAGCCUGGGCUGUAUAUCAAGACUGUCUCACACAGAAAAGGGCAAGUGGUGAUGUACACCUGCAAGUCCCAGCGCAUGGGAGGUGGAGGCAGGCAGAUGUUUGAGUCUGAGGCCAGCCAGGUCUACAUCACAGGUCUCAGGUUAGCCGGGCUACAAAGUGAGAGCCUGCCUUUAGAAACAAAAGUAAAUAAACAAUACACUAAAACUGGCAGGGUGCUACGGUGCACGCCUUUAAUCCCAGCACUCGGGAGGCAGAGGCAGGCGGAUCUCUGUGAGUUCGAGACCAGCCUGGACUACCAAGUGAGUUCCAGGACAGCCUCCAAAGCCACAGAGAAACCCUGUCUCAAAAAAACAAACAAACAAACAAACAAAAAACUAAAAAACUGGCAGGGUGCUAGAGAUAGUGUCCUAGUAGGUUCUCACAGGAGCUAUUUUAAAAAGGAUGACUAAUACCCAGGUUGGUACUGAGACUCAGAGUGGAACAAAGCCUUGAAGGGUUAUUUCUAGUCUGAAAACGUAAGGGAAUUUUCCAAGGUGGGGUUUUGUUUAUUUGUGUUUUGAGACAGGGUCUUUCUUAGUAUCCCCAAAUGACCUGGAACUCACUAUAUAGAUCAGACUGGUUUCGAACUCAGAGAGAUCAGCCUGCUUCUGCCUUCCACAUGCUGGGAUUAAAGUCGAGUGCCACCACACCUAGCUCCUAGGUAGAUUUUAAAAAUAUCUUCAAGGUUUGUUUAAUUCAUGUUUAUGUGUGCUGAACCCAAGAAGGCCAGAGGCACUGGAGCCCUGGGUCUGGGGUUACAGGCAGUUUAAACUACCUGAUGUGGGUUCUGGGAACCAAAUCCAGAUCCUCCGAAAGAAUCGUCAUCACUCACCAACAGUGAGCUGUUGCUCCAGCCCUCCAGGUGGAUCUGUACAUCGCUUGGAAUGGGAGCUUCCUUUCCCUUCCUUCCGGCCAGCUGUCUGCAGUUGUGGGCUGCGCUCUUCCACCCCUUUGCAGGUGGGAGCGGUGGUGGGAAUGAAGCCAGGGCCUCAUACAUGCUGGGCUAGCCUGUACCACUGAGCCGCAUCUCAGCCCUUCUUCAGUCGCCCAGGUCCACGAGGAGUAGCUGCUGCAGAACAGACUGUAUGCACACUGUGACCUGCAUCUGAUUUACUAUACCUACUGUGUGACCUGCAGCUGAUCUUACUGUACCCACAGUGUGACCUGAGCUGAUUUACUAUACCCACAGUGCGACCUGCAGCUGAUUUUGAUGACUGAUAAAAUCUGGGGCUUUAGACUAUGAGACUUUCUUGGACUUUGACAGGGUUAGAAUUUUGGGAAAUGUCUUUUUGUAUGUGGGACAGACAUAGAUCUUCGAAGGCUAGAAGGAGAGAUGUGCUAGGUAAAAUGACAGCUCCCUGAAUACUCCAUGCCCUGACAUAUACAAAUAUAUUCCUUUACAUGGCGAAA